AGGGUUGAUCUGUGGUGGUUAUGCUAGUCAAUCUUAAGUUUUUCUUUUAGUCUGAGAUGACUGAUAUGGAACCAACCGAUCCAAAUACUCCUGAAACUGAAAGAAGGGACAGAACUUCCUUUUACACCCAUGCAGCAAAGUACUGGUCUGCAGUUCCUGCUACUGUUGAUGGAAUGCUGGGUGGUUUCGGCAUCAUCUCUCAAACCGAUAUACAAGGAUCAGUGUCUUUCUUGAAACAAUUAUUUAAGUUACAGAAUCCUCCAGGUCAUGAACGGGCUUUAGACUGUGGAGCUGGAAUUGGAAGAAUUACAAAAUAUCUUCUUCUACGCUUCUUUAAUAAAGUUGAUUUAGUUGAGCAGAAUGCCUCCUUCCUAGAAGAAGCAAAGAAUUUUAUUGGAAUAUGCCAGAAAGUUGGAAGUUUAUACUGUGUUGGUCUUCAGGACUUCUCACCAGAACCAAAGACAUAUGAUCUAAUAUGGUGCCAGUGGGUGCUGGGGCAUCUUACAGAUGAAGAUUUAAUUGAUUUUUUGAAGUCUUGCAAGAGGGGCCUAAAACCAAAUGGAAUUAUAGUUGUGAAGGAAAACCUGACAUCAUCUGAUAAAGUUGAAGUUGACAAGGAAGAUUCGUCUGUGACCCGACCGAUUACUCUUCUUCGAAUACUGCUCAAGCAGGCAGGACUGCAUUGCAUUAAGGAGCAAAAACAGAACAACUUCCCAAGAGGCUUAUAUACAGUAAAAAUGUUUGCUCUUGUACCUGAUAUUAUCAGUACUGCUACUAAUAGCAAUGAUAACAGUUACACUACUAAGCUGUCUGUUACAUCUGGUGAUAAUGGACACACAUCACCAGUAGGUUAAGAGAAAACUAAAAAUUAUAAUCAUCUGGUCUGUAUUGAAUUGCAUAUAUUCCUGUCAGUAUAAGCAACUGCUUAUCUCAGUACUUAUCCCACAUGCUUUGGACUGCUGUACCAGAAAGUAUUUAGGCUUAAGAUGUGUGAAUGUCAGGUUUAUAGCAAAUUCUACAGGGAUGGAACUCUACAUAUCCUCUUGUUGGAAUCUCAGUUGGAUGGAGUAAUUUAAAAAAGAGCAGAAAAUUAAAUCCACGCACAGUAUAUCUGUUCAUCUACCAAAUUAAAAUUCCAGUACAUGCCAGAAUUGUGCAGUUGUGCUUGUACUUCUAUUUUCCAAAAGUACAAAGUGAGAAACAAUUUUUAUUUCAUAAUUUCUUUAAAGAAUUCACAUGUUAUUGCUGCUCAGUCUUGGACAAGACUGUAUACUAGUAUUUGAUUUGGUAUUCUUGGUUAAAAGUGCUGAUGGAACACAUUAUUUAUCAUAUUAUGUACAUACUGAACAUAAGUGUAAAGUAAUAUAUAGUAUUAUAUUUUUAAGUACAUAAAAAUAAAUACUUGCUAGACAGUGGA